AUGCCAGUACGUAAGGCAAACUACGAUGGUUCUGGACCAUCUCUGGAUCAGGUCAUGUUCCAGGGCAAUCCCAUUCAACAACACUUUCGGAAGUGGAGCGUCUUGAAAGUUGAAGCGAUGAUGAACGUGGAGAAUCCAGUUGACUGGGCAGACUUGCUAUCACACUUUAUGAAAAUGCGGAAGGCUAACGGGGAACCGGCUGAGUUUGGUGAGAUGCUGAUUGAGGCAAUGAAUACCAUGGCUGGUGGUGGACCGAAAAGCUACACCCGAACGGACUCGGACGGGAGUACUUUCAAUCGCCCAGAAUCUGGACAAGCAGAUUUGGGGCGAAGUCGUGAUGAGUUCAAGCCAGCACGUUGGCUUGAAUCUUUCAACAGGGCAAAUUAUCUCAAUGUUAACAACAUCACGUUCGGAGGCUCCGAUCCGCGCACCUACAUUGGCCGUAACAUCGCCUUGCCGAGUGACUGCUCUCCCGAUUACGCACAAUUGAUUAUAUGCUUGGUGGACUAG